AUGAAGUACGCAUUUGUUCUCACGGCUAUUGCCGCUGUUGCCUCCAAAGUCGCCGCUGUCGGUGUCUCAGGCACUCCUGAGGGUUUCGCUUCUUCCGCCACUGGUGGCGGUGAUGCCACCCCUGUCUACCCUACCUCCACCGAUGAGCUGGUCUCUUACCUCGGUGAUGAUGAGGCCCGUGUCAUUGUUCUGAGCAAGACUUUCGACUUCACCGGUACCGAGGGCACCACCACGGGCACGGGCUGUACCCCUUGGGGUACUGCCUCCAGCUGCCAGGUUGCCAUCAACAAGGAUGACUGGUGCACCAACUACGAGCCUGACGCCGCUACCACUACCGUCACCUACGACAAUGCCGGUAUGCUCGGUAUUACCGUUGGCUCUAACAAGUCCUUGAUUGGUGAGGGCACCAGUGGUACUAUUAAAGGCCGUGGUCUACGCAUUGUCAACGGUGUGGAGAACAUCAUUAUCCAGAAUAUCGCUGUUACAGACAUCAACCCCCAGUAUGUCUGGGGUGGUGAUGCCAUCACCCUCAACGAAGUUGACCUAGUCUGGAUCGACCACGUUACCACUGCUCGCAUUGGUCGUCAACACUACGUCCUGGGCACUGAAGCUGACAACCGUGUCUCUCUCACCAACAACUAUAUUGAUGGUGAAUCCGAAUACUCCGCCACCUGCGACGGUCACCACUACUGGAAUGUGUACCUUACCGGCUCCGGUGACAAGGUUACCUUCAAGGGCAACUACCUUUACAAGACUAGUGGUCGUGCACCUAAGAUCCAGGAAAACACCUACCUUCACGCUAUCAACAACUACUGGGACGACAACUCCGGCCACGCCUUCGAGAUUGGCUCUGGUGGCUACGUUCUUGCGGAAGGUAACUAUUUCUCUGACGUCGAAACUGUUCUCGAGGAAUCCUCCUUCGAAGGUGCCCUCUUUUCCGCCGACACCGCCUCCGGCACCUGCGAGUCCUACAUCGGUCGCUCCUGUGUCGCCAACGUUGGCGGAGGCACGCUGUCCGGCUCCUCCAUUACUGUUCUGGAGAACUUGAAGGGCGAAACUCUUGCUACUGCAUCUAUUGCUAGCACCGACCCGGCUGGUAGCGCCGGCCAGGGUAAUUUGUAG